CUUAGCUUAAUUAUUAGGAUUUAAUGCUUAUGAUGUUUUGGGAAAAGCAAUUAUGGAGAUUGUCUUCGAGAUUUGUCUUAUUUGUCGUUUACUUCUCCCUAUUCUUAGAUAAUAUGCUUUUGACUAUAGUAGUUCCCAUAAUGCCAGAUGUCCUAUACCAUAUACAAUCUGAAGAGAACAAGAAGCAGCAACUUGAAGAUGAUACGUAUUCUUUUAAGAAUUCUUCAACAAAUCAAAUUAGUAGUGAAAAUGAAGAAAUUGGAAUCCUAUUUGCAUCCAAAGCAAUAGUUCAGUUAUUAAUGAAUCCUAUUGUGGGACCCUUGACAAACAGAUUGGGGUCCUCAAUUCCGAUGUUUUUUGGAACCAUAAUUUUGAUGAUUUCCUCUUUGAUGUUUUCUUUCGGAGAAACAUAUGCCCUACUUUUUGCGGCUAGAAGUAUUCAGGGCGUUGGUUCAGCGUGCAUAUGUAUAGCAGGUAUGGCCACGAUAGCAGACAGGUACCCAGAGGACGAAGAACGAAGUAAAGUGAUGGGAAUCGCAAUGGGUGGAAUGGCAGCAGGAGUAUUAGUGGGUUAUCCAUUUGGCAGCAUUGGGUAUGAUCUUUUUGAUAAACGUGUCCCUCUUCUAGUUGUUUCUUUUCUUCUUCUUUUAAAUUCGGUUCUUCUAUUUGUUGUGCUGCAUCCACGGGUUGAGCCUGAUAGGCUGUUAGUAGGAUCAAAUAUACUGCGUUUGGUAUCAGAUCCGUACAUUCUUUUUGCUUCUGGAGCAAUUUGUGUAUCCACCUUUAGUAUUGCUGUUUUAGAACCUUGUUUACCCAUAUGGUUAAUGGAAUCAAUGUCCCCUCCCAGGUGGCAAUUAGGUACGGUCUUCAUUCCCGAUAGUCUUGGAUACCUAAUAGGAACACAUUUAUUUGGUUCAAUAGCCUAUAAAUUCGGAAGAUGGCUGACAACUAUGAUAUCUUUACUUAUUAUUGGAAUUUGCACCUUAUCCAUUCCUCUUACCACCCAUAUUCUAGAGCUUGUGAUACCUCAUUUUGGUUUAGGACUUGGAAUAGGUAUUGUUGAUGCUUCUCUGAUGCCUUUACUUGCUUAUUUAGUAGAUUCAAGACACGUUGCUUUGUAUGGUACUAUCUACGCUGUCGCUCAAGUUGCAGUUUGUCUUGCAUAUUCAGUUGGUCCCCUUUUUGGUGGCUACUUAGUGAAAGAAUAUGGAUUUUCCUUUGUUAUGAAGCUUACUGGAACUCUUAAUUUAAUAUUUAGUCCAUUUUGCUACUUUUUGAAAAAUACACCAGUACUUGGAGAAUGCACGGUCCCCUUUUUGGUGGUUACUUAG